CACAAGCAGACGUACCGGAGAGAGUUACCGGCGAGGUUUCACGGCGUUUCCCCGGUGGAAGGUAGAGACACGAGAGGGCCGAGUUCAAAAACUGACCGAUCGGAAACUUUUUUUUUUUUUCACUCUCACAAAGACACUUUUGGGAAGAAAAGAAAAAAUGGCAGACAACGACCACGUCUCUUCCACCACUCCUCUGUUCGGCGGGGAGGUGCACCACUACGAGGCCGAGCCGGACAAGCCCAAACAGGACCUCUUCAGCAUGAACGAUAUCGUGGACUUGGUCGGCGGGGCUGAGGACGCCCUGAACCGCCACUUGACUGAAGGCAGUGCGCCACACGAGUCCACAGAAGACCUCUACGCUUCGUCGACGUUACCGGAGCGCGUCCUGGUUACGGGGCCGGAACCGGUGUCGCUGCCAGGGGUGACGGAAACUGACCCGGAGACCGCCAUUCCGGACUCCACCAGCAUCUCCUCCGUUCUCGACGACACCCCCGCUCCCAUCGCCGAGGAGCCCGAGGUCGUCGCCCCGAAAGUCGAACCCGAGUCCUCCCAGAUCGAGCCGAAGCCACAGGCUGCCCCCGGGCCAGACGCUGCCCCGCAGACCGACGCCCUCCCAGCGGCCGAACCCUGGAAAGCAGCGCCAGCCUCCGCAGAAGCAGCAGAGCGACCGGCGGUGACAGAGGAACCUCCAGCUCCAGCAUCUUAUCUUCUUCAUGGCUGGAACGUAACCCUUGGGCACAGAGAUGAACCUUCUCCUUCUAAAGCUCAGCCUCAUCCUCUGAUGCAAUUCCCUACAGCACUUGGGCAGAAGGGUGAUUCCCCUGCUCCCAUCUCUCCUCUCUCCCCUCUUCACUCCCCCGACUCUCUGGAGGAGCUCUCUCUAACCGAGAGUCCCAAUCAGCCACCUACUUCGGGAUUUGCCGCAUCCUUGGGCUCCUUCUCUACUUCACCUCCCAAUACUCAUUCCAAGGACAUGCCUUGGAUGGGUGAAGAGGGCGGGUCUGGACCACCAUCUGGACCAGGCCGUAGUCUGAUUAAGGAAGACCUAGAUCCGUUAGCUGGUCCUUACCUGAGUUUAGGGAAAGACCCGGGGCCUCACAAUCAAUGUGAGGACAGCGGAGUUUCCUUUUCCCCCGAGGAGAAGCUGAUUAGCUCAGACAGGUCCCCCAGCGGCCCCUCCCCAGUGAACCCGCAGGUGAAGGUCCCAGAGUCUCAACUUGCCUCCUCUAACCCAACAGAGCACUGGGACUCACCGUACCUAGCAUCUCAAGACAACUCCAAGGUCCCCAUGGAUACCUUCUCCAAGGACACCGCUCCCUUUAGCUCUUCCGGGUAUGAGCAAGACCUGCACAGCAACCACUCUGAUGAAGACGAUGACCUAAUGUAUGAGGUGAAGAAGAAUAAUAACCCAUUUGAGGGCUAUUCCCCCCUGGCGGACAGCGGCUACUCUCAUUUUGGAGACUCAAAGUCUGACAACAGAGCCUCAAAAAUAUCAGAGAGUCCCACCCCGGAUCUGGUUCAGUAUGGCCAGACGGGAGAAUCCCAAGAUACUCCACCAUCUUUCUUAGACGAGAAGAAAACCUUUCAGACGGGCAAGAUGGCUGCUGACUCGCUCAUGCAGUCAGUGAAUAGGUACUCAUCUGGUCUGAAAGACGACGACGAUGAUGAUGAAGAGGAGGAAGAAGAUUUGGCUGUGCCAACGUCGCUUCCUGACAUCCUGAAGUCUUCUCCGCUCAACCCCGACAAAUUGGACUCCGGGUCCUCGGAGGGAAGUCCUGAGCAGAGUCCCAUCCUUGAACGGAGGAUGAUGGAGUCGCCCAAUCCUCCGAUCAAUCUGUCCGCUAACAACCCGUUUGCCUUUGACGCUAAAGUGUCCCUGUUGAAGGAGAUGACCGAGCAGUUGGAAGUGAAAGGGCCCGACAAAGUCAAAGUUGAAGACGACCAGAGCUUUGGCGCGUUCGAUCUUGUCAAAGGGGCGGCGGAAACCACCCCCUCUGAGAUCAAGGAAGAGCUACCAGUCAAGAUCGAGCAGAAAGAUUGGUUUUCUAGCCACGACACCCAGAAAGUGAAGGAACAGUUUGAGCCGCUUGACUUCCAGAGCAAAAAGACCCCUGCUGAGGAUUCGGAUUCUGAGUCGCCAACAGCAGACUCGCUGUCUCCAGUCCUGGAGGCUAUGGCCAAGAACCCUGCCAGCUUCCAGGUGGAAACGGAGAAGAUGGACCCAAAGAUGGAGCUGGAGGAGCCAGAGAUGGCUGAAGAGGUCUCUGAGCAUGAAAUCUCCUCAGAGGAGUUUGAGUUCAUCGAGCGCCCCCCUCGGGGCGUUAUCGACGAGUUUCUCGAGGCUCUGGAUACAUCCAAGUUUGCCUCCUCCAAGCCCCCAGAGAUCCCCAUGGAUGAUGACCUGAGCUUCGGGCAGAAAGAUGUGCCUCCAUUUUCAGCGUCUUUCGCUGCAGAAGUAGCUCCACCCCCCAAGGUCGAAGCGGAGGCCCCAAGUCAGAGCUCAUACCGCCUCCUCACCCAAACUUCCCCCCAGAAGAGCAAGGCCGAGCUGGAGAAGCUCGACGUUCAGCAGCCCCCCUCCCAAGCACCCCUCAUCCACUCCCCUGCCCGCAAGCCGGAUGAGGCGGUCGCCGGGAAGACUGCCGAGGGCGGCAAAGUGUUUAAGAUGCCAAACGUGAACAUAAGAGCAGUUGUUGAUCUCCUCUACUGGCGUGAUGUGAAGAAAACCGGCGUGGUGUUCGGCGCCGCCCUGCUGCUGCUCCUCUCCCUGACGGUGUGCAGCAUCGUGAGCGUCUGCUCCUACGUCGGCCUCGCUCUCCUCUCGGUCACCAUCUGCUUCAGGAUAUACAAAGGCAUCCUGCAGGCCAUCCAGAAGUCCGACGAGGGGCACCCAUUCAAGCAGUACCUGGACCAGGAGGUGGCGCUGCCCGAGGACGUGGUCCACAAGUACAGCGACUUGGCUCUGGCCAAACUCAACAAGACCGUCUGUGAAUUGAGGCGCCUGUUCCUGGUGGAGGACCUGAUCGACUCUAUCAAGUUUGCAGGCUUGAUGUGGGUCCUGACUUACGUCGGCUCCUUGUUCAACGGGCUCACUAUUCUUAUCCUGGUUCUGAUCGGAGUGUUCAGCUGCCCGAUCGUCUAUGAGAAACACCAGACUCAGAUCGACCACUACGUGGCUCUGGUCAACAACCAGGUCAAAGACAUUGUUGGAAAGGUCCAGGCGAAGGUCCCCGGGAUGAAACGCAAAGCCGAGUGAAGUAACGACAAGUGGGAGUUUGGAUUCAGGAGAACCUGAGUGGAAGGAUGGUUGGAGGAGAAGCUGGGGGGUGGAGGUGGGAGGGUGGGGGUGGGCCAGAUAUGAAGGAAGGAGGAAGGAGGGGUCUGGCGUGGAUGCAGCUCUUCUAACUUUAUUUGUCAAAAUAAUAAAACACUUUUUUUCCAGCUCAGAUUUUCUUUUUAUUUGUGUUUCCUGGACAAGUUGAAGCAGGUCUGAGAUCAGCUGGAAAUCGGCUCCGUGACUCGCCUUUUAUUUCAGGUCCAGUGUUAAAUGUACUUCUGUGAGUUGCUUAAACUUACAGACUUGCGUUUUUAAUCUUGCGUUAGCCUUCCCUCUCCUCGGUGCAUUGUGGGAAAUCAGACCGCCGUCGUGGUUGGAUGUUUUACUUCCAUCAUUUCGAAGGUUUGGAGAGAUAUUUUUUUGUUUCCCUUCGUCUGCUGUUGAUCAAGAAAUAAGCGGCAACUCAUUUGUAUUUUCGUUGUCUUUUUUUUGUUUUUGCUAUGAUUAACGCGUUAGAAGUAUUUUGUGAUUUAGCUGUUUUAACAGAAACACCGUGGUGUCCAUAAAGCUUGGCGCUCGUUUCCUCUGCGACCUGCUGCGUGGUUUUGCCUCGAUGUGAACGUCUUGGGGGGGGUCGCUACCAUUUAAAAACGUCAUCGCUUCUGAGUAACUCUUAGAUAGAAAAACUUUUGCCAGACGAGUACAACACAUUAAUUUCAUCGGUCGUUAAUUCCAUGUCAUUUGCAGCUGUCUAGUAAUGAGAAAUCUCCGGAUUAACACGUUUACAUUCAUCCACAUCAGUUUAAAUAUUUAAAAAGUGAAGAAAAAAAAAUGAAAUGGGGUUUAAAAACAAAAAAAAAAUCAUACUGUCUGUGGAACAAAUAUCUUAAUAAAGUUGCAACUUGAUGUGACUUUGGGAAACCUUCGAGCAUUUCUUUGUUAUGCAAGUAUAAUUGUGAAUGAUAAACUUCAUACUUCAAUUGUGACGAUAAGCUCCCAGCUGGGAGCCGUGUUUGUGGAAUGCAUUGUGAGAUGUAAACAAUUAUCAAUAAAGCUUCUAGCCGAAGAAA